AUGAGCAUCGAGACUCCAGAGAGCAAGACUGCUUCAUUGGCAUCAACUUCUGCUACUGCAUCUGAAAAUACCCCCAAGGCCAAGGAUAUCACUACACCAGCAGAGACACCAACAGCAGAAGAAGAGAAAGAGAAAGGGAAAGACAUAUCCAAAUCUUCCAUAUACUCCCCAGCAAACCUACUCUCAAGUCUCCUCUCUCCAUUCUCUUUCUCGAGCACGUCUUCAGAGUCAACAGCUGCAAUAUCUUCAAACGACAAAGGGAAAGAAAAAGAGACCACCAAAAGUCCAACUAAAAUAUCAAUCGAAACCCCAACCUCAGACUCAAGUGCACAAGCAACUCCAGAGCCAUAUUACACCCCGGAAGAAACACCCCUUUACAAAAUUCUCUACAAGACCCGUUUAACCAAAACCCGCACAAAACAGCUCCUCCGUGCAGGAGAGCGGGCAUACAAUGACCCACCACCCCCACCAGGACUGGGUGAUUGCUGUGGGAGCUCGUGUGAUCCUUGUGUAAGGGAUUUGUGGAAGCAAGAGAUUGGGAUUUGGAGAGAGAGAUGGGGGGACUGGGGGGUUGAAGACGGGACAGGUGUUUCGAAAGAUGAGAAGAAGAUUGAGAAGAAGGAAGUGAAAUUGGCGAAGAGGAAAGAGUUAGAAUGGUGA